AUGUACAGAGAGAUUGUAGAUAUUGAGGUUGAAAAUAUCAUUGUACUAAAUAGCAUCAUUUUUCUGACCGCUAUGCCUCAGAAAUGGACGAGCAACGAGCAAGAGGAAUUUCUCACCUCUAUGUUGGAAGAAUUUUGCAUGCACACUGCAGCCAAGAAAUACAAGGAGUUCUGGAAAAAAGUCAACAAAUUAUUUUUUGAGAAAUGGCCAGAGCGAAGGGCCCUCUUUGGCAACUUGCCUGCUGACCACAUCCUUACACCAGAUCAAGUGAAAGAUUUGGCAAACACUGUGGAAAGUCAUGAACAGAAAAAGUCAAGGACACCACAGAUGCCAAAAUCAGAGUACAGAAUGUUACUCACCACUGGGCCAAAGCUGAAUAAGUGCCAUGAGGUCACAUGCUGUUUGUACUCUGAAGAAUGCAAGGAUGUCAAGAAUAAGGUUGAAAGGCAUUACCAGAAGGCAAAUGCAAAGGCAAAGCAUGCAAAAGCAUGUCUAUGCCAGAAGUCAGGGAAGAUGCCAAAAAUUGAUGACGCAACCAAGAUCAAGGCUAUCCAUGAGCUUGGUCCUAUGAUUGAUUGGAUCCUUAAAUACCUUGCAUAUGCCACAGGUGGGUGGAAGUUCACAAUCCUUAUGGGAGGGAAGGAUCCUAGCACUGGAGAGGUGUCUGUGUUCAACUAUCAUGUUGGUGAACUUGAGAGUGGGGCACAGUUUGAUCAGACUUGCACCAAAUUUGAUGUGGUGCAGGCUGCAUUCCUAGCCUUCGUCAAAGACACUCUUGCAUUUGAGUCAACACUGCCCCAUGACUCAGAUGCUGAGGAUGCAGAAGAUUCAUCAUCAGACUCACAUGAUGGUUCAGAUGAGGAGUGGGCAACAAUGAGUGGCAGUGAGCAUAGUGAGGAGGGGGCAACAAUGAAUGGCAGUGAGCAUGGUGAUCAUCAUGUGGAAGAAGAGGACUUGGAUGAUCUCCUACCAAACAGCAUCCAUCAAAUCAACACUGCAGGCAUGUACCAGAUGACUCCUCAGUCUGAGUCAUCCAUCAACAAUUUUGGUGCCACCAUAGCAUCAAUUGAUGCAUCACUUCCAUGUGCACAAAUCUUAGGUGAUGCAUCAUCUGGUUCUCAGCUCCCAAGUGAUUCCCACUUGGCUUCAUUCAACAACCCUCCCAACCUACCUGUGUUUGACCACAAAGUGUUUACUGCUCUCAUCAAUGACCCAGAUUUCAACAUCAACAUUUUGGAUGCUCUCCCUGAAGCCCCCCCCCUUCAAUCCAACCCAUAUCCUGAAGUCUUUAUCCCUCCAGCUCCUCACACUGAUGAUGCAUCAUCUACACAAUAUCCUGAAAUCUUUAUCCCUCUGGCUCCUCGUGCUAAUGACACAUCAUCCAUCCAAUAUCCACAAGUCUUCAUUCCUCCAGCUCCUCACACUGAUGAUGCAUCAUCUACUCAAUAUCCCAAAGUCUUUAUCCCUCUGGCUCCUCCCACUGAUGAUGCACCAUCUGCCCAAUAUUUGCAAGUUGUUAUUCCUCCAGCUCCUGAUGCAUCAUCUGCCCAAUAUUUGCAGGUCAUUAUCCCUCCAGCUCCUCCCACUGAUGAUGCAUCAUCUGCCCAAUAUUCUCAAGUCAUAAUCCCUCCGGCUCCUCAUGCCGAUGUUGAAGAUAUGGGAACACCCAAUGAAUCUGAUGGUGCUAGUGCUUCACCAGCUUCAUCAGUCCAAGCUGGAGCUCAGCGUCAUCAUGGAAGGCACACACAACAAUGUUCACAACUGACCAUGCCCACUUCCUCAGCAGAAGAAAUCCAACCACUCCCAGAUGGGCAUCACCAAGUGUGCAAACCCUUCAAUGCAAGAGAACGUGACAAUGAUAUUGGCGGGCCAAUGAAAAUUUGUUCUGCAUGCCUGGUGCAAGCAGACAAGGAAGAUGCUCAGUUCGAAGUUCAUACAUUCAAGGCGCAGCAAAAGGGAGCUGGACUUGGUGAUAAAAUUUUGAAAAAUGAUAUCAUGCACGUAUUUGACUUGAGCACAAGCUUCAGUGAAGACUGUGGAAAGGUAAGCAAGGUACAGACAAGGGAAGCAAGGUACCAGGGUAUAAUGCCAGCAAAUGGAUGCUGGGUGCAGCCCAAUUUGGUGCAGGAGGAUGAUGCAUCAGUGAUGCAUCACAUUCCCAAUAGGGUGUUGAAGUCCAAAGGAUCCAAAGAGAAAGAGAGCGAGGAAGCUGAAGGAUCCAACAUGAUAGGUACGAGCAGGAGAGAGAGGUCCAAGCACAUGAGCCAGAUGGGCCAAUAG